AUCUGAAGUUUCUCCAUGGUCGGUGCAGUGCAGUUCCGUCUGCCCUCCCGAAAAAACAAAAUACUUCCUCCUCACAGAAAUUUCAAUCUCCGUCGACGCUGAUCUCCGACCUCGGAUCUCCGACGAAUUAUCCUUUUUUAUUUGAAAAAUCCGUAUAAUUUUGCGUUUACGGUGUUGUUGAGCUUUUAGUUUUCGAUUAAUUUAGUGCGUUAAAAGAAAAAAAACAGAGAAAAAAUGGCGCAGAUUCAGGUACAGCCUCCUCCGGUGUCUGGAUCAAAUGUUGCGACAGGCGCGACGAUCAAUGCAGGCGUUGUUGCCGCUACGGCUAUCGCUGGCGGAGCGGUGGCGGGUGCUAACCAGUCCUUUGUGACGACUUCGCUUUACGUUGGGGAUCUAGAGUUUGGUGUGACUGAUUCGCAGUUGUACGAUAUGUUUAAUCAGGUUGGACAAGUUGUUUCGGUUAGGAUUUGUAGGGAUUUGGGCACUCGGCGAUCCCUUGGUUAUGGUUACGUCAACUUUAGCAAUCCUAAUGAUGCUGCAAGGGCUAUUGGUGUUCUGAACUUUACUCCAGUAAAUGGAAAGUCGAUUCGGAUCAUGUAUUCUCACAGGGAUCCAAGCAUUCGGAAAAGUGGAACUGCAAAUAUCUUUAUCAAGAAUUUGGACAAGACAAUUGACAACAAAGCUUUGCACGAUACAUUUUCAACUUUUGGCAACAUUCUUUCAUGCAAGAUAGCUACUGACUCCAUAGGCCAAUCAAAAGGCUAUGGAUUUGUUCAAUUUGACACUGAAGAAGCUGCUCAAAGUGCAAUUGAUAAGCUAAAUGGUAUGCUGAUGAAUGACAAACAAGUCUAUGUUGGUCAUUUUCUUCGGAAGCAAGAACGCGACUCUUCUUCAACAAGAACAAAGUUCAACAAUGUUUAUGUAAAAAACCUCCCUGAAUCCACAACUGAUGAGGAUUUAAAAAAGACUUUUGGUGAAUAUGGCAUGAUCACAAGUGCUGUGGUUAUGAAAGAUAGUGAUGGGAAAUCAAAGUGUUUUGGGUUUGUCAACUUUGAGAAUGCUGAUGAUGCUGCUAAUGCUGUUGAGGGGUUAAAUGGGAAGAAGUUUGAUGACAAAGAAUGGUAUGUUGGGAAAGCUCAGAAGAAAUCAGAAAGAGAAAUGGAGUUGAAGAGUCGAUUUGAACAAACUGUAAAGGAAGCUGCUGAUAAGUAUCAAGGUCUUAAUUUGUAUGUCAAGAAUUUGGAUGACACCAUUGAUGAUGAUAAGCUUAGGAAGCUGUUUUCUGAAUAUGGUACAAUCACUUCAUGCAAGGUUAUGCUGGAUCCCAAUGGAAAUAGCAGAGGCUCUGGAUUUGUGGCCUUUUCAACUCCAGAAGAAGCUUCUCAAGCUCUUGGGGAGAUGAAUGGGAAAAUGAUUGUCAACAAACCACUUUAUGUUGCACUUGCUCAAAGGAAAGAAGAGAGGAGGGCUAAGUUACAGGCACAAUUUUCACAAAUGAGACCUGUUGCAAUGGCAAACUCAAUGGGCCCACGUAUGCCCAUGUAUCCUCCCGGUGGUCCCGCUCUCGGGCAGCAGCUUUUCUACGGGCAGGCUCCUCCUGCUAUGCUUCCUCACCAGGCGGGUUUUGGUUACCAACAACAGUUGGUUCCUGGAAUGAGGCCAGGUGGGGCCCCAAUGUCAAACUUCUUUCUGCCCGUUGCUGCCCAACAAGGUCAACAAGGUCAAUGCCUUGGUGGCACUGGUAGGCGUGGUGCUGCUGCAGGCUCUGUUCAACAAAAUCAGCAGCCUCUUCCCAUGAUGCAGCAGCAGAUGUUUCCAAGAGGACGUAUGUAUCGUUACCCGGGUCGCAACGCACCGGAUUCUAAUCUCCCAGUGCUUCCUGUCCCAUACGAUCUCAGUGGUGGUGGGAUGUUUCCUCGGGAUGCUGCUGCGGCAAUGGGUCAGCCAAUGCCGAUUACAGCUUUGGCUUCUUCCCUUGCUAAUGCCCCUCCUGAACAGCAAAGGACGAUGCUGGGAGAGAGUUUGUACCCACUGGUGGAUCAGUUGGAGCCUGAGAAUGCAGCUAAAGUGACGGGAAUGCUUUUGGAGAUGGACCAAACGGAAGUGUUGCAUUUGCUGGAGUCGCCGGAUGCUUUGAAAGCGAAGGUGUCUGAGGCCAUGGAUGUGUUGAGGAAUGUCAACAACACCACCAACACCAACACCCCAGCAGCUCAGCUUGCUUCCCUGUCUCUUAAGGACAACCUUGUUGCAUGAGAGAGUAACUUCUUUUUAUUUUGCUACUAUUUAAUGAGCCAGCCAGAGGUCUAGGUUGUUACUUUUUUUUUUUUUUGCUUGACUUCUAAUUUGGAGUUUUUGUUUUUUUUUUCUUUCUGUUUUUGUGGAUUAAAAUAGUUUCCUCAAGUGAAACUGGUUUUAGUCCUAAAUUGGUUCAAACA